AUGGGAGAAGUGGUGCUGCCAUUAUUAAUGAUAGUGAGGAAAGAUGAAGAAGUAAUGAUUAAAAAAACACAAGGUUAUGCAAAAAGAUUUAUUAGCGUAGUGGAAAAUUUACGUCUAAACUAUAAAUUUGCCAUUGAAACGGUAUCGGAUGAAACAAACAAUAUAAACUCACCAUCACUAUCAGAAACAGUUAAAGUGAAUCCGAAUCCAGCAAUAACAUCAUCAAUAAUGGUAGUCGAGGAUGGAAACGUAACAGCCGAAAAGACAAGUGCUUAG